GGAAGGAUGCAGAAAUUUCAAACAUUAGAUUGGUUUGGUUUUUAAAUUAGAAGUGGAAAAGUAUUCUUGUUUGUGAAAGGAGGAGGGAUUCAGGCCAGAAAACUGUAUGCUAUGGUUAACUGGUUCCCAGCCUCCGAGAAUCUUGUUUUCCAUGGUGUGAAACAUAUUCAGCAUCAGGAUAAGGGAUAACGACUCUAUGGAUAUACAGAAUUCUUCACCAUGGUAAAACUCGCUAACCCGCUGUAUACGGAGUGGAUUUUGGAGGCGAUCAAAAAAGUAAAGAAGCAAAAACAACGUCCUUCAGAAGAGAGGAUAUGCAAUGCGGUGUCUUCAUCCCAUGGUUUGGACCGGAAAACUGUUUUAGAACAAUUGGAGUUGAGUGUUAAAGAUGGAACGAUUUUAAAAGUCUCAAAUAAAGGCCUCAAUUCCUAUAAAGAUCCUGAUAAUCCUGGGCGAAUAGCACUUCCUAAACCUCGGAACCAUGGAAAGUUGGAUGGCAAACAAAAUGUAGAUUGGAAUAAACUUAUCAAACGGGCAGUUGAAGGCUUGGCGGAGUCCAGCGGUUCAACCUUGAAGAACAUUGAACGUUUUUUGAAAGGUCAGAAAGAUGUGUCUGCAUUGUUUGGGGGCAGUGCUGCCUCUGUCUUUCACCAGCAGUUACGAUUGGCUGUCAAACGUGCCGUUGGCCACGGCAGACUACUUAAAGAUGGACCUCUUUAUCGGCUCAACACUAAAGCGGCCAAUGUGGAUGGGAAAGAGAGUUGUGAGUCUCUUUCCUGUCUACCUCCUGUGUCUCUCCUUCCUCAUGAAAAGGAUAAGCCAGUUGCUGAACCAAUUCCAAUCUGUAGUUUCUGUCUUGGUACAAAAGAACAAAACCGAGAGAAGAAACCAGAGGAGCUCAUCUCUUGUGCUGAUUGUGGCAACAGUGGUCAUCCAUCCUGUUUAAAGUUCUCUCCAGAGUUAACAGUUCGAGUGAAGGCCUUACGGUGGCAGUGCAUUGAGUGUAAAACGUGUAGCUCUUGUCGAGACCAGGGAAAAAAUGCAGAUAAUAUGCUCUUCUGUGAUUCAUGUGACCGGGGUUUUCACAUGGAAUGCUGUGAUCCGCCACUCACUAGGAUGCCGAAAGGCAUGUGGAUAUGUCAGAUUUGUCGACCUCGGAAAAAAGGAAGAAAACUUCUACAUAAAAAAGCAGCACAGAUAAAACGGCGCUAUGCCAAUCCAAUAGGACGCCCCAAAAACAGGUUAAAGAAACAAAACACAGUAUCAAAAGGCCCUUUCAGCAAAGUUCGAACUGGUCCUGGUCGGGGUCGGAAACGUAAAAUUACUCUCUCGAGCCAAUCAGCAUCUUCAUCAGAAGAAGGAUAUUUGGAGCAAAUGGACUUAGACUUCUGCAGAGAUGGUAGUACACCCCUGAAAUUCAAUAAGAAAACCAAAGGGCUCAUUGAUGGCCUUACCAAAUUCUUCACCCCCUCCCCUGACGGGCGGAAAGCUCGUGGGGAAGUGGUGGACUACUCUGAGCAAUAUAGGAUCAGGAAAAAGGGCAACAGGAAAUCAAGCACUUCAGAGUGGCCCACAGACAAUCAGGAUGGCUGGGAUGGGAAACAGGAAAAUGAAGAGCGACUUUUUGGAAGCCAGGAAGUCAUGACUGAAAAAGAUAUGGAAUUAUUUCGAGAUAUCCAGGAGCAAGCACUGCAGAAAGUUGGAGUGACUGGUCCCCCUGAUCCACAAGUCCGCUGUCCCUCUGUCAUUGAGUUUGGAAAAUAUGAAAUUCAUACCUGGUACUCCUCCCCAUAUCCACAAGAAUACUCAAGGCUGCCUAAGUUGUACCUUUGUGAAUUUUGUCUAAAGUAUAUGAAAAGUAGAACUAUUCUACAGCAGCACAUGAAGAAAUGUGGUUGGUUCCACCCUCCUGCUAAUGAGAUUUACAGAAAGAAUAAUAUCUCUGUCUUUGAGGUUGAUGGGAAUGUCAGUACAAUUUACUGUCAAAAUUUGUGCCUAUUGGCAAAGCUCUUUCUUGACCACAAGACACUCUAUUAUGAUGUGGAACCAUUUCUUUUCUAUGUAUUGACACAGAAUGAUGUCAAGGGCUGCCAUCUUGUUGGCUACUUUUCUAAGGAAAAGCACUGCCAACAGAAGUACAACGUUUCCUGUAUAAUGAUUCUUCCUCAAUACCAGCGCAAGGGCUAUGGCAGGUUCCUCAUUGACUUCAGUUAUUUGUUGUCAAAGCGUGAAGGCCAAGCUGGGUCUCCAGAGAAACCAUUAUCUGAUCUAGGUCGUCUUUCCUACAUGGCUUAUUGGAAAAGUGUAAUAUUGGAGUGCCUUUAUCAUCAAAAUGACAAGCAAAUCAGCAUUAAAAAAUUAAGCAAAUUGACUGGAAUCUGCCCUCAAGACAUUACUUCCACACUCCAUCACCUACGAAUGCUAGACUUCCGUAGUGACCAAUUUGUGAUUAUCCGCCGGGAAAAACUGAUCCAGGAUCAUAUGGCAAAGCUUCAAGUGAAUUUGAGACCUGUAGAUGUAGAUCCUGAGUGUUUGCGUUGGACUCCUGUCAUUGUCUCCAAUUCUGUAGUCUCAGAGGAAGAGGAAGAUGAUGCAGAGGAAGGUGAAAACGAAGAGCAGCAAUGCCAGGAAAAGGAACUGGAUUCCAGCAUGGCAAAGCCAGUGUCUUGGGAGAAAAAAGAAGAUUCUUACUCAAUAGAGAAUGAAAAGAAACCAGAUAUUAUUGCACCAGCCAAUUCUACACGACUAAACAAGGAAGUUCUCCCCCUGGAUAGUCUUCCAGCAAACAGUCAGCCAUCUCGGAGAGGUCGAUGGGGACGAAAGAACAAAAAAGUCCGGGAGCCUUUUAGUGAGAAAGAGUCUAAACUUCCCUUGGAAGAAAUACCAUCAGUUCCUCGGGGGCGAUACAGUGAAUGUGAGGAAAAAUCUGAAGCCUCCCAGGAGCACUUCACUGAGAGUGAAGAGCAUUCGGCAGCUUUAGAGGGACGGUUUGGCAAAGAUGAAAAGCCAGAAGUUCCCAAAAGGCGACUAAAUGAAAGUGUGGAGAUGUGGUCCUCUCGAGGACCACUGAAGAAAAGCCCAGAACCUCUCAAGUGCAGAAUACCAGAUGGGAGUGAUAGGUUGCCUCACCGAUAUAAUGAUGGAGACAGAGCCAUUUUGAGGGGCUUUAGCGAGAGUAGUGAAGAGGAAGAAGAACCUGAGAGUCCUCGGUCAAAUUCACCACCUGUGCUUACUAAACCCACAUUAAAACGAAAGAAACCAAUUCUUCACCGGAGGAGGAGAGUUCGAAAGCGAAAACACCACAAUAGCAGUGUGGUCACAGAAACUAUCUCUGAGACCACAGAAGUGUUAGAUGAACCUUUUGAAGAUUCCGACUCUGAGAGGCCAAUGCCAAGAUUAGAGCCUACAUUUGAAAUUGAUGAAGAGGAGGAAGAAGAGGAUGAAAACGAACUUUUUCCCAGAGGAUACUUUCAUCGUUUGCCCUCACAAGAGGUCCUUCGGCAUCGACCUUCUUCUAAGAGGAAAUCUAAAGAUGAAGAGGAAGAAUCAGAUGAUGCUGAUGGCACCCCUAUCUUGAAGCCAGUAUCCAUGUUGAGAAAAUGUGAUGUGAAGGAUUCCACACUUGAGCCAGAUACUUCUACACCUUUGAAAAAGAAAAAAGGAUGGCCCAAAGGCAAAAGUCGUAAACCAAUCCACUGGAAGAAAAGGCCUGGCCGAAAACCAGGGUUCAAGCUGAACCGAGAAAUGAUAACAGUAUCUACUCAAGAAUGUAGAGCUGACUCCAUGGUUCCCCUUCCUAAGCCUGGGCGUAAGCCCAAAAUUCAAGACAAAGAAGAGGCUGCUGAACCAAAAGAAGACUUGCCCCUUGCUGAAGAAAGGAAGGAGAAUGAUAUGCUUGGAGACACAGAAGAGGGAGGAGAGGGAGAAGAAGAAGAUACAACCAGCAGUGAAGUGAGAGCAUCUUCUCCAGUGGACAGUCGUGGUAGCCCAGUGACAGAAUCUAAAGAACCUGAGAUAGAAGAAGAAGAAGUUGAGGAGAAACCCCGGGUUUUAGAAGAAGAGCAAAGGCAAUCAGAGGAAGAGCAGCCAGAGCUGGAAGAGCAGGAACAUGAAGAAGAGGAUGAGGUGACCCUUGGAACAAACCAGAACGAGGACCAUGAUGCAGAUGAUGAAGAUGAUGGUCAUCUAGAAUCCACAAAGAAAAAGGAAUCUGAGGAACAGACAAUUAGAGAAGGUGUCAAGGAGGAACCUGGGGGUCAGGAAUCUUUUUUAGAAGCAAAUACACAGAACAAUAGAGAGGAAAUAAAGAGCAAAAAUGAAACAGAAGCAGAUUCUGAGGAAGAACAGACUUCCCACGAGACAUCAGUUGUUUCAGAACAUAUGCCAGGGUCUGAGGAUGAUCAUGAAGAAGAAACAAAUACUAAAGAGGAAUUAAUUGAAUUAAAAGAAGAAGAAGAGAUUCCUCAUAGUGAAUUGGAUUUGGAAACAGUGCAAGCGGUACAGUCACUGACCCAGGAAGAAAGCAAUGAACAUGAUGGAACAUACCAGGACUGUGAAGAGACACUCGCGGCUUGUCAGACUUUGCAAAGUUAUACCCAAGCUGAUGAAGACCCUCAGAUAUCAAUGGUUGAAGACUGCCAUGCUUCAGAACACAACAGCCCAAUAUCUUCCGUUCAGUCUCAUCCUAGCCAAUCGGUCCGUUCAGUCAGCAGUCCCAAUGUGCCUGCUCUCGAGAGUGGUUAUACCCAGAUCAGCCCUGAACAAGGAUCCCUGUCCGCACCCUCUAUGCAGAACAUGGAGACCAGCCCCAUGAUGGAUGUGCCUUCGGUGUCAGACCACUCUCAGCAGGUGGUGGACAGUGGCUUCAGUGACCUGGGCAGCAUUGAGAGCACCACAGAAAAUUAUGAGAACCCUAGCAGCUAUGAUUCCACUAUGGGUGGCAGCAUUUGUGGAAAUAACUCUUCUCAGAGCAGUUGCUCUUAUGGAGGGUUGUCCUCCUCCAGUAGCCUCACUCAGAACAGUUGUGUUGUCACUCAGCAAAUGGCCAAUAUGGGCAGUAGCUGUAGCAUGAUGCAGCAGAACAGUGUGCAACCUGCCACCAACUGUAACAUCAAGUCACCUCAGAGUUGUGUGGUGGAAAGGCCACCAAGUAACCAGCAACAGCAGCCACCGCCACCCCAGCAGCAGCAGCAACAGCAGCAGCAGCAGCCAGCACCACCACCCCCCCAGCAGCAGCCCCAGCCCCAGCCCCAGCCCCAGCCUCCUCAGCCCCCUCCACCCCCCCAGCAGCAGCCUCCGCUGUCACAGUGUAGUAUGAAUAACAGCUUCACCCCAGCCCCAAUGAUCAUGGAGAUACCGGAAUCCGGAAGCACUGGGAACAUAAGUAUCUAUGAAAGGAUUCCAGGGGAUUUUGGUGCCAGCAGCUACUCCCAACCAUCAGCCACCUUCAGUUUAGCCAAGUUGCAGCAGCUGACUAACACCAUUAUGGACCCACAUGCCAUGCCUUAUAGCCAUUCUCCUGCUGUGACUUCCUAUGCAACCAGUGUUUCUUUGUCCAACACAGGACUGGCUCAGCUAGCUCCAUCCCAUCCAUUAGCUGGGGCCCCUCAAGCACAAGCCACCAUGACACCACCCCCAAACCUGGCAUCUACUACCAUGAACCUCACAUCACCUCUGCUCCAGUGCAACAUGUCUGCCACCAACAUUGGCAUUCCCCACACUCAGAGGUUGCAAGGGCAAAUGCCAGUCAAAGGGCACAUUUCCAUCCGUUCUAAAUCAGCACCACUGCCCUCAGCAGCUGCUCACCAGCAGCAGCUUUAUGGUCGCAGCCCGCCAGCAGUUGCCAUGCAGGCUGGCCCUCGUGCAUUAGCUGUUCAGCGUGGCAUGAACAUGGGGGUUAACUUAAUGCCAACGACCCCCUAUAAUGUCAAUUCCAUGAAUAUGAACACUUUGAAUGCCAUGAACAGUUACCGAAUGACACAGCCCAUGAUGAACAGCAGUUACCAUAGUAACCCUGCCUACAUGAACCAGACAGCACAGUAUCCUAUGCAGAUGCAGAUGGGAAUGAUGGGGAGCCAGGCCUAUACCCAGCAGCCUAUGCAGCCAAACCCUCAUGGGAACAUGAUGUACACUGGCCCCUCCCAUCACAGCUACAUGAAUACUGCUGGCGUGCCCAAGCAGUCUCUUAAUGGACCUUACAUGAGAAGAUGAGCAAGAUGAACUUGCAAUUUAAAAACUUAAAUAUAUAUAAAUAAAGGAACCUUUUAUACU